UAUAAUCUUAGUGACCGCAUGAAGAGACAAGAAGAAGAGUUGGCCGCUUUAAGACAAUAUAAGGAGAAUGACAACCGAGAGGGAAAUGGCCAACAAGAAGGAAGCCAUACCAAGGUAUUCAAUGCGAGCCAAUCUGCUGAUGAAGGCUUACCUCCUUAUUCUCACCAUGAGACUAGUCCGAAGAAUGUGAGUCUCCACUCUGAGCAACAGACAUCCACGAUCACAAAGAUCUGGAGUACUUUUCGUAAGUUUAAUCCUCCUACUUUCGAUGGAAAUCUUAAGCCGGCGGUGGUUGAAGAAUGGAUAGAUCAAUUGGAGAGUAUUUUUCGUAUGGUUGUGUGCACUUCUAAUCAAAAGGUGCAGCUGGCAAUAUUCUUACUACAGAAGAGUGCUAAGAAAUGGUGGGAAACAUCAGGACCGAAGGAUGAUUCCUCUCUUACUUGGGAAGAUUUUAAAGCCAUAUUGUUCGAGAAUUAUUUUCCUACUGCACUGAGAGCAGAAAAGGAGGCUGAGUUUCAUGCAUUUCGUCAGGGUGAUCUAGAUGAGGAUGAAUUUAUUGAACAAUUCUCAGAAUUAUCUAAAUACUCUACUUACCUCCAGAAACAUGAAGACACGGAGUGGAUGGCUGAACGAUUACUAGAGAAGGCGAGGCCUGAUCUAAGGGAACAGUUAGCCCCUUUUGAGAUCAAGACAUUCAGUGAGAUGUGCAAUAAGCUUCGAAUAGUUUCUCGGAGGAAGAGAGAGGCUAGAUUAGAAGCUGAUAGAGAGAGGAGGAAAGAACCUCAUGGGAAGCCCCCUAUCCACACCAGACCCAUUGGUGGAGUAGAGAAGAGGAGCAGUCAAAUCUUUGGAGGCUUUAGAAAUCAGAAGAAGAAGGGCUACUAUCAUAAGGGCCAGAGCUACAGAGGGAAUCAGAGUGGAAGUCAAGGGUCCUAUAGG